CAACAACAGCAACAACCUCAUCAUCGAUAUCAGCAGCAACAGCAACAGCAACAGCAGCAGCAGCAGCCACAGUUGCAGCAGUUGCAGAUGCAACCACAGACUUGCAUGAGAGGAUUUGGUUUUGAUCAUCGUACACAGCAACCAAAUGUUCAUCUUGGUAUCGUCGGUGCUAACGAUACAACAUCACAACAUCAUAAGCUUCAACAACUUCAACAUCAUUCGAGGGGAUCAAAUACUAUGGAUCUGCCGUUGUCAAGCAAUCCACGAGCUUCGCGAAAUAUGGCAGAAAAACAACGUCGAGAUAAUCUCAAUACCAAUAUCUCGACUAUGGCGUCCCUUGUGCCUAUUAUCGUUGGAUGUCCGAGAAGGUUGGACAAGAUAUCUAUCCUACGAUUAGCUACGUCAUAUUUAAGAAUGGAUUACACACUUGGACGUGGAUCGGCCAAUUUUCUUCCGAAACAAUUCAAAGAUAUAGACGUUGAACAAUACAUUUUAGAUAAUUUAAUUGGAAAAGCUGGUUUUUUCCUCGUCGUAACGUCUGCAGGAAAAAUCGUUUAUGUCAGCCAACAGGUAGAACGCCAUCUUGGUCAUGCUCAGAAAGAAUUGACGGGGCAAUCUUUGUAUCAUUAUAUUUAUUCAGAGGAUCAUGAAGAAUUAAGGAAAAAUUUAACACCAGAUGAGAUGCAACCAAUCACCAAUACAAUAACAUCCGAUGGUGACAGUAAUUCAAAUUCAUCGGAGAUAUCUUCAACGUCUAGUUCAACGUCGCAAAAAAAUAACUCUGAUAGGAACAACGUACCUGAUAGAAACACAUUUCGCAAACAAAGACGAAUGUUUAUGUUGCGUAUGUCACAACGUACGACUACUAGACGUGAACAUACACAAUAUGAGUGUUUGAACGUGACAGGUGUACUAAAACUUGCCGACGCUUGUGAAAAUCCUCAAAAUCGUAAUGCACGGCAUCGAGGAACGUCUACAAGCAACGAUAUCAUAUUUGUUGGUGUUGCAUGGUUUCUGGCAAAACGUCCUCUUACUGAACUAUCUAUAACAGAUGCUAAUAAAGAAGAAUAUGUAACACGACAUUUGGUUGAUGGUCGUAUCAUUUAUUGCGAUCACAGAAUAUCCAUCGUGGCAGGUUACAUGUCGGAAGAAGUUUCCGGUAUGAGUGCUUUUAAAUAUAUGCACAAGGACGAUGUUAGGUGGACCAUCAUUGGAUUACGCCAAAUGUAUGAUCGUGCUGAACCAUGUGGAUCGUCGUGCUACAGAUUGCUUUCCAAAACUGGUCAAUUCAUUUACCUGAGAACUCAUGGUUAUUUGGAAUACGAUAAAAAUACACAAUCUUUUGAAUCGUUUGUCUGUAUCAAUACUUUAGUUUCUGAAGAAGAAGGUAUUGAAUUUGUUAGAGAAAUGAAAGAACGAUUUUCUGCAACUGUAUCCGGUUUUGCAAAAGCUGCGAUGAUUCAAAACAAUGAAGAUUCGUAUAAUUUGGCAUUGGAUUCUAAAAAAUCUCACCCGAAUCCAAACGUGGAAGAUGCUUCAAAACUAGAAGACGUAAUUACUCAUCUGAUCAGUGAUUUACCUUCGCCAUCUAUUCCGGAAGAUUGUCUUUCACCGAAACCAAUGACGAACACACAGUUUGCUAAAGCAGCCGUAUUUUCGCAAAGGUUACCACCGGUAGCUGCGCAAACCAGUAAAAUUCGUGUAAAAAAGAUCGAUCAUUGUGUUUCGACUCCGAGCAACAAUAAAUGCAGCAACAACGAUGUUACUAUAAAACAGGAAAUACCGAGUAAUGAAAUAAAGGAAGAAUGUCAAUCGUUGAUCAGCCCUAAAACAAUUACCGAUUCUAUUGUUGAACAGGAAUUCGAGUCAGAUGGACCCCAACCCCAACCACAACCACAACAACAACAACAACCACCACAACAGCGACAAGUGGGAAGAAGAAAAAAUUCAAAUAAUAGUAUUAGUUCAUUAAGAUGUCCAGGAAAGCCUUCUAAUUUGAAAGAAAUAAUGGGACACUUAAUACCUGUAAACGCUGCCAAACAUGAGGAACAUUUGAAUGAUGUUAAACCUAAAAUCUUACUUGGAAUUGACCCUUUAGAAAAUGACACGAGCGAAUCCGAAUCUGACGUGUCAAAAAGAAAAUAUAAUUCAAAAAGAAUAUAUAACGAAGAUAACGUCGCCGGUGGUACAUUGCGUACCAAAAAACGAAAAAAUGAUAAAAAAUAUGAAGUUGUUUCUGAAGUUGAACAUGAACAACAGCAGCGACAACAACAAAUAGAGCAUCAAAGAAAAAUACAAAAACAGCUACAAUCAAUACAACAACCACAUCUAAAUCAACAAACUAGUGUUUCAUAUAUUCAUUGUAGGACUUAUAUUGACAAUAAACCGUUUUCAAAUCUAGAUGAAUUGGAAAAUAUUGAACAGGCUUAUACUCCUACUGAACCCGUUCAAAUUAUAUCUAUGAACUCACCGAAUUCAAGUAUUCAAGAUUAUAACAUCGAAUAUCAAGAAUUGAUGCCAUUAGAAAUCUCCAAUGAGGUUCAUAGCGAACAAUUGUUUGAUCUACAUGAAUUCGAGGAUGACCCUUUGUUGUGUUCAACCCCUAACCUAGAAGCUAAUCCAGAUUUUAUGCUAAAAAUAUUUAAUAAUCUACGACCUGUAAUGGGUUUUGAAAAAAACUAUGAUGAGGUGAAUUCGCGACAAUUGACGUCGCUCGAUGAUCUUGAUUUUUCACAGCAACAAAUAGUCAGUGACGGGUUAACGAAGACACAUCGUCAACUCACCAAUGAUAUUCAAUUUCAAGAAUCCGAAUUUAAUGCAUUAAAACGUGACCUUGAGAAUCCAGCUUUAGAAGCUCAAAGAAAAAAUUUGACUCAGCUACAGGUAAUGUCUUACAUCGAUUACAGGCUGAACAUAAAAUACAAAAGCAAAUGUUAAAGACAUUACAACAAGAUCAUCUGAAUAUACAAGUCAAUACGAAGCAAAACAUCGAUGUUUAAUUAUCUGGUUUACGUAUCAUAAAAAUAUAAUUCACGGAAACGAUUUAUGUUCACGAGGAGGAGCACCAUUUACCACCAAGAGUCACAUAAAUUCGUUCGAAGAAAAAAUAAAAAUGAAGAAGAAGGAUGUCUGGUACUUCCCCUAACUUCAAAUUACCGAAUUUAACUAUGAGUCUGAAAAAAUGUUACUAGAUCCAUCCUCUAGUAAAAAAAAGGAAGAAGAAGAAGAUAAAAAAAAAACAACAACGAUCGGCAUACGUGCAAUAUGCAUCAUCGAAUUGCACCAAUCGAAGUUACUUAUUUAUUCUUUUGUCUUCUUGAAGAAAAAAAAUGGCGUCGGAGAAGAAGGAGGAGCAGAAGGAAGGAAAAAAAAGGAAACCAAGUUUUUGUCGUUAAAUAAAAUUCAAGUUAUUGGUACUAUGUUGGUGCUUAAAAAAUAAAAAAUAAAAAUAAAAAAAAUAAAAGAAGAAAAUAUGAAUUGAAGAAAAGAAGAUGUUAUUUCAGUCGAGUUUCAUGAGUGCUUGGCGAUUGUAAAAAUCGUUAAGAAUUAUAAUAGGAAUAAACGAUCGUUCGUUAGACAAAUUGGACAAAGAUAUAAAAGUGAA